AUGGGUCACCCAGCAGGUCUUCGUGCGGGAACGCGCUAUGCAUUUAGCAGGGGUUUUAAGGAGAAGGGAAUGAUCAAGUUGUCGACGUACUUGCGCCAAUACAAAGUCGGAGACAUCGUUGAUAUCAAGGCAAAUGGUGCUGUUCAGAAGGGUAUGCCACACAAGGUCUACCAUGGCAAAACUGGAGUCGUCUACAAUGUUACAAAGAGCGCAGUUGGUGUUAUCGUAUACAAGAAGGUCAAGCACCGGUACAUCGAGAAGCGCGUCAACCUCCGAAUCGAGCAUGUUUCGCUGUCAAGAUCAAGAGAAGAGUUUGUUCGCCGAGUUAAGACCAACGCCGAGCUGAAGAAGAAGUCAAAGGCCGAAGGCACACAUGUUCACUUGAAGAGACAACCAUUGAUGCCACGGGAGGCGAGGACAAUUUCGAUGAAGGACAACGUGCCAGAAACUGUUGUACCUAUCGCAUACGAGACCACUAUCUAG